AUCGCGUUUUGUCCCGGUCGAGUUGCCGUUCGCGGAAGUCUCGUUUCCAUUACUGUGAAAAGGAGAAGGAUCUGUCUGUCAUUCACCAGUGGUGUGGAGACUCUUCUGAGAUGACAGACGAAUCAGGGCGUGGCGGGGAGGCGGAGCCACUAAAGGACGGAGAGGCAGAAGGGGGCGUGACUAAGGAGAAGAGCUGCGCAGGAAAGCUGGGUCUGUCUCAUCUGACCGGCUGGAGAACAGCAGCGUUCCUGCUCUCCAUCUUCCUGUGUCUGGCAGUCAUCUUCGCCUUUUCAUUCAUCCUCCCCUGCCCCGUACGGCCUCAAUAUGUGUCCACAUGGAACCGCACAGUACCUGACGCAGCCACGUUUGAUUUCCUGGCUGUUGAGGAUGCCAAUGAAGACAAGGUGUUAGAUGUGUUCUUCAUCUACAGAGAUGCUGAUGCCAGCCGUAACACAUGUUUGAAUGCAGAUUUAUCAGUUCCGUGUCUGGUGUUAACGGCUGUUGACGGUACGAAUGGAAAAUCACUCUGGAAACGAGCUUUAUCUGCUGAGUUUGACUGGGUGGAGUGCGGCGUGAAGGGACUCGGACACAAAGGGAGCGGAUGCCUGGUUGCUCAUGCAGACAAUCUCACGGCAGUCGACAAAAAGACUGGUCAGAUCAUGUGGCAGCAUUCGCGUUCGACUUUGAUGCAUGGAAAUCUCCCGCUGAUCAGCGUCCCGGAUCUCAACUCUGAUGGAAAAGAAGACUUUGCUGUGCUUUCAUACAAUCCAGAUGCUCUUUCAUUCACUCCCACACCGACUGAACUGGUGUUUUUCUCUGGGAAAUCUGGUGAUCAGCUCGGCUCCAGGGUCAAUGUUGACGUGAACGGUGUAUUCGCUCACCUGCACUUCAAGACGGCCAGCGGCGCUUCAUAUCUGCUGUUACUCACAGACUCUGGGCUUUAUGCGGUCAGUCUGGGACGUCUGGCAGCUCUGGCUAAGCCUGGUUUCGAGUCUGCACUGAAGAAAGAGAAAAGCUGGGAGGAACUGUCAGACAUUCACACUGGAUUCAUCUCACUCUAUCAGUCUGGUUUUCUGAAGCGUGUGUUGGCUGUUCAGGGCAGUAAUCCUCCAUCACUGCUCAUCCAGACGGACUCCAGUGUUUCACUGCUGCAAACCGACAAGCUGAAGACCGCCUGGACCACCAACACCAGCACUCUGCUCAGUGAGCCGACGUUUGGACAGUUUGACAAAGAUGGGAUCCCAGACAUAAUGAUAGAGGAGGACGCUGGCAAUCAAACCAAAAGAGUGAUGGUGCUCAGUGGACACUCUGGAGUCGUCCUGUGGGAAGUCAGUCUGUUGUUCUGGCCUCCGAGUCCUCGGCCAGCUUCUGUCCUCACACUCAACACAUACUCAGUGUUCAUGCUCUGGGGACAGACUAACCAGACCAGUCAGAUGCAGUCGUCAUUCCUGCUACAUCCUCGAUAUUCAAAACUGCUGCUUGAAAGGAGGAAAUCCUCACAGAAUAUCGUCUCUUUUAAGGCGACGCUGUUGGAGCGAGGUCGACAUGCUUCUUACCUCGUCCUGACAGGACCAGACGGACGGCGACACACAGACGACAGUGAGCCGGUGAUUCUGACCAAGAGGAAGAUCAAGAAAGACGUGGAGGAGAGUGAAGUUUAUGGAGUAACAGCGGAUGAACUGAUCUCUCAGGAUGCAGAGGACUCCGUGAGGGAAGCGUUUCACAGGCUGCGCUUCAGUGAAAUACAGUGAUAAACACACACACACACACACACACACACACACACACACACAGAGAUUAAACGUUAGUUCACACAAAGAAAUGAAAAUUCUGUUAUUAAUUAUUCAUGUUUCAAACUCCCUCUGUUUGUCUUCAAACCACAAAUUGAGAUUUUUUUUUUUUAUCAAGUCCGAGAGCUCCCUCAUCCUCCAUUCACAUGAACAGUCCAGACUAGAUCAAAUUUGCAAAAAAAUAACGAAAAACCAUCCUCAAAAUUCUCCAUGUGCCUUCAGUGGUUCACUCCGAAGAAUUGGUCAAGCUACAAGAAUACUCUAGAGCACACAUAAAAUAAAUAUGACCACUUUAUGCAACAGUUUCUCCUCAGUGUCAGUAUAUUGCGCAUGUUCGUGUAUACAGUCUUGGAUAUCUGCACCCUGAGACUUAUGUCAAAACACAAAUUAAGAUAUUUUAGAUAUUAUCCUCUAUAGACCGCAAUAUUCCUGACCAAAUUUCCAGAAAAAUACCAAUAAACGUCCUCAAAAUUGUCCAUGUGCCUUUAGUGGUUCAGUCGGAGUAAUAUCUCAAGCCACAAGAAUACUUCUGUGUGCACAAAAAAAAAAACUUAACGACUUUAUGCAACAGUUUCUCCUCCUCAGUGUCAGUAUAUUGCGCAUGUUCAUGUAUACCCUUUUGGAUAUCAGCAUUCAGAGACUUUCCUUCGUCUUUAAAACACAUGUUAAGAUAUUUCAGAUUAAAUCUGAGAGAUCCUUCACCCUACAUUUACAUCAACAGUCCCGACUUGUUCUUGAAAAAUAACGAAAAACAUCCUCAAAAUUCUCCAUGUGCCUUCAGUGGUUGAGUCAGAAUAAUAUCUCAAGCUACAAGAAUACUCUAGUGCGCACAUAAAAUAAAAAUGACGACUUUAUGCAACAGUUUCUCCUCCUCAGUGUCAGUAUAUUGCGCAUAUUCGUGUACACCGUCUUGGAUAUCUGCAGCCUGAGACUUUCGUUUGUCUUUGAAACACAAAUUGAGAUUAUUUUCAUUAAAUUCGAGAGCUCCCUCAUCCUCCACUUACAUCAACAUUCAAUGACCCGAUCAAAUUUCCAGAAAAACACCAAAAAAUAUCCUCAAAAUUGUCCAUGUGCCUUCAGUCGGAAUAUUAUAUCAAGCUAUGAGAAUACUCUAGUGUGCACAUAAAAUAAAAAUGACGACUUCAUGCAACAGUUUAUCUCCUCAGUGUCAGUAUAUUGCGCAUAUGUGUAUAAUCUCUUGGAUAUCUGCACCCAGAGACUUUAGUUUGUCUUUGAAACACAAAUUGAGAUCAUCUUGAUCAAAUUCGAGAGCUCCCUCAUCCUCCACUGACAUUCAAUGACUCGAUUAAAUUUCCAGAAAACUACCAAAAAACAUCCUCAAAAUAGUCCAUGUGCCUUCGGUGGUUCAGUCGGAGUAAUAUCUCAAGCUUCGAGAAUACUUUUGUGCACAUAAAAUAAAAAUGACGACUUUAUGCAACAGUUUCUUCUCCUCAGUGUCAGUAUAUUGUGCAUGGUCAUGUAUACCCUCUUAGCUAUGCAUGCUCAGUGACGCUUUUCGGCUUUAAAACACAAAUUAAGAUAUUUCAGAUUUAAUUCGAGAGCUCCCUCAUCCUCCAUUUACAUCAACAGUCCUGAUUGAUCAACUUUCCAGAAAAAUACCAAAGUAACACCCUCAAAAUUGUCCAUGUGCCUUCAGUGGGUUAAUCGAAAUAACAUCUCAAGCUGCGAGAACUUUUGUGUGCACAUAAAAUAAACAUGAUGCAUUAAUGCAACGGUCUCUCCUCCUCAAUGUCAGUAUAUUGCGCAUGUUGAGUCCGGAUUAUUGCUGUUUAUGGAGGUCUCCGAUUUCAUCUAUAAUGUCUUGAUUUGUGUUUCCAAGAUGAAUGAAGCUCUUAGAAAAUGAGAGAGAGUCAUUAAUAACAGAAUUUUCCACUAACACUUUAAUAUUCAACAAAAGGCCAGACAACUGUGUGGUUAAAACUUUUUGCCUAGCUCUUUCAAACCAAACCAAAGCUCUUUUAAUAUUAUAUCAGUUUUUUUCUGUUCUGGUCUUGGUUAAAGCUGCACUACAGAAUGAAACCCAAGAUACUAUCUGAGUCAAAUCAUCAGAGUUGUGCUAUCUGUACUACACAUUUAAAGGGACAGUGCACCCAGUAAUGAAGAUUUCCUCAUCAUUACUCAUCCUGAAGUGGUUCUUAUGUUUAUUGUUGAAUACUUAUGCAAACUCAUGUAUAUUGUUCUUCUGUUGAACACAAAUGAAGAUAUUUCGAAGAAUGGCUCAAAAAAAGGCAGCCAUUGACAUUAUAUUAUAGAAAAUACUAUUAAAGUCAAUGGCGUUUUUUUUCCUCCAAACAUUCUUCAAAAUAUCUUCUUUUGUGUCCCUCAGAAGAAACAAGUGAAGGAUGAGUAAACACUGACAGAAUUGUCACUUUUGGGUGGACUAACACUUUAAUAUUCAACUCCAAUAUUCAACACAAAGGGCAGAAAACUGUGGCUUUGUUUAAAACGUUUUAGUCUCGCUCUUUCAAACCAAACCAAAGCUCUUAUUUUAAUAUUAUAUCAGUUAUUCUGAUCUAGUCCUGGUUAAAGCUGCACUACAGAAUGAAACCCAAGUCACUUUUCAGUCGCAUCAUUAGAGUUUUGCGAUCCCUACUACACAUUUAAAGUGAUAGUGCUCCCAAAAAUGAAUAUUUCCUCCUCAUUACUCGCCCUCAAGCGCUUAUUAUGUACUUAUACAUAUGUAUAUUGUUGAAAGCCUCUGUAUAUUGCUCUUCUGUUAAACAAAAUAAGUUAUUUGGAAGAAUGUUUAGAAAAAGGCAGCUAUUGACCAGAAAAAUACUAUUGAAGUCAAUGGCUGAUUUCCCCCUAACAUUCUUCAAAAUACCUUCUUUUGUGUUCCUCAGAGGAAACAAGUGGAGUAUGUUUAAACACUGACAGAAUUUUCACUUCUGAGUGAACUAACACUUUAAUAUUCAACACAAAGGCCUGAAAACUGUGGCUUUGUGUAAAACCUCGCUCUUUUAAACCAAACCAAAGCUCUUCUUUUAUAUAAUAUCAGUUUUUCUGAUCUAGUCUUGGUUAAAUCUGCACUACAGAAUGAAACCCAAGACACAGAGUCAAAUCAUCCACAUUUAAAGGGACAGUGCACCCAAAAUUGAAAUUACCCUUAGGUGGUACUAAACUCAUGUAUAUUGUUCUUCUGUCGAACACAAAGGAAGAUAUUUCGAAGAAUGUUUGGGGGAAAAAAGCAGCCAUUGACAAUAAUAACAGGAACAAAAGAAAACAAUAGCUGUUAUUUCCCUUAAACAUUCUUCAAAAUAUCUUCUUUUGUGCUCCUCAGAAGAAACAAGUGGAGGAUGAGUAAACACUGACAGAAUAUUUAGUUUUGGGUGAGCUAUCUCUUCAAAUUUAAGUAUGUUUAUUGAUAUAAUCCUUUGGGUCAUGCUGCAUUACUGUAUGACAAUCACCUGUGAAUCAUUUCAGAUUUAACACAUAUAAAUAGGUCUAUUAAUAUUAUAUUUAUCAGGGGAUUUCAUGUAAAGGUGAAUCUCAUACAAUCCAAAGAAUCUAGCUGGAAAGUAGCUUACAUGACAAACAAAAGAGCCUUAUUUUCUUAUUGUGGUGUGAAAUAUGACAUGAGAUUUGAGUUUAAAGCUGUUUUUAUUGUUCUGCCUCUCUAGUUUUUGUAAUUAAAGGGCCAGUUCACCUACAAAAGAAUUAAACAUGUCAUCGUUUACUCACAAAAAUAAACUCAAAUAGGUUUAAUAAUCUGUCGAACACAACAGAAGUUAUUUAUUUAAACACUAGUAGCUGGCACCCAUUGACUUCCAUAGUAAUUUCUUCCUACUAUGAAAGUCAAUUGAUGCCAGCAACCAGCAUUCUUCAAAAUAUCUGCUUUUGUGUUCAACAGAUGACAUACACUCCUAUAUGUUUAAAAUCCCAUGCUGGAGAGUAAAUGAUGAGGCAGUGUUCAUUUUUGGGUGUACUGUCCCUUUAAGAGUGAUGCUUUGAGGAACACUAUAAUGGAGUGUGUAUUGCGUUUUACACACUCAACACAACACUGUUGGAAAGAGAAGUGCUGAAUGGAUUUAUUUUUUGUUUUUGCAGUGCUGCAUCACUCCUGCAUCACAGGGGUUUGUUUGUUUGUUUGUUUGUUAGCAUGGAGAGUGUGUGUGUCUGAUUGAUUAAUGGUUUCCUGCAUCUGUCUUAAUGAAGUGUGUGUGUUGUGUUGUGCUGUUUCAUGCUGCUGAGAUGCUCCGCUGACCUGUUUACUAUAUUCUCUGGACAUCACACACUGCUGUACAUCUGAGUGCCUUAAAAGGACUUCAAAAUCA